AUGCAACCAAAUUGCAGUCAUCUCCACAACAUCCAAGGGAGCAGUGAUGACUCUUCAUCUUCUCAGAGUGCCCACGCAGUGAGGUUGUCAGGAGAGAGCUCGUGCCACCAUAGUGGAGAUGUUCGCAUACAGCUAAACUCUGCUGUGGGAGAAGCCAGAGAAAACACGAGUUCCCAGCAUUCGAGACCAGGUUCCCAAAGUCGCUCACACGGACAUGCCCACAGCGAAGCAGGGGGGCUCAACGAUUCCACUCCAGACUCAGAGGAACACAGCAGCAGCUCCCUCUCAGAGCUCAGAUACCUCCUCCAGUGGCUGCACAAAAGUCUGCCGUAUAUCUUGAUUCUGUGUGUCAAAUUGAUCAUGCAGCAUAUAAUUGGCAUUUCUCUUGGAAUUGGGCUGCUAACAACUUAUAUGUAUGCAAACAAAAGCAUAGUAAAUCAGGUUUUUCUAAGAGAACGGUGCUCCAAGUUGCAAUGUACUUGGUUACUAGUAUACCUAUCUGGAUCAUCUCUCCUCUUGUACUACACCUUUCGUUCUCAGUCACUGUAUUAUAGCUUAAUCUUUUUAAACCCUACUGUGGAUUUUAUGAACUUCUGGGAGGUACUUUGGAUUGUGGGAGUCACAGACUUUAUUUUGAAAUUCCUCUUCAUGGGCUUCAAGUGCUUUGUUCUCUUGGUGCCUUCUUUUAUGAUGUCCUUUAAAUCCAAGGGCUACUGGUACAUGCUGUUAGAAGAACUCUGCCAGUAUUACCGUAUGUUUGUCCCCAUACCAGUUUGGUUCCGUUAUCUUAUUGGCUAUGGGGAGCUGGACAGUGUCCUAGGAUGGACCCUUGGGAUAUUGCUGGGCCUUCUCUACCUCAUCCUAAAACUUUUGAGCUUUUUUGGACAAUUGAGAAGCUUCAGGCAGGUCUUACGGAUAUUUUGUACGCGACCACACUACGGGGUGACAGCUAGCAAGAGACAGUGUUCCGAAUCAGAUGAUAUUUGUUCAAUCUGCCAAGCUGAAUUUCAGAAGCCUAUUCUGCUUAUCUGUCAGCACACAUUUUGUGAAGAAUGCAUCUCUUUAUGGUUUAAUAGAGAAAAAACGUGUCCACUCUGCAGAACUGUUAUUUCAGACCAUGUUAACAAGUGGAAGGAUGGAGCUACAUCUAUGCAUCUACAGAUUUUCUAA